CAACCUUUUCACAUUGAACAGUGAACACACUAGCUAAUCUCUUUUGCUCGUCCUCCAAAGAAAACACCAUCCAAGCAUUACAGCUCAAACAAACUCCAUAUCCAAAAAGCUCCCACUAGAAAAAAGGCUUAAAAAUCAUGUCUUUUGAUUCUUGAAAUUACUUCCUAAACAAAAACAUAAAAAUCCUAAGAAAAAAAAAAAGGAAAAAAGAAAAUGCAGGGGUCACCAAAUGGCUCAAAUCCCCUGUUUACUCUCCUAAUUCUUGCCGGCCUAACAUGCUGCAGCAACUAUUUCACAACUCCGGCGGCCGGAAAUACAGAGCUGAGGGCAUUAAUGGAGAUCAAGUCAUCUUUGGAUCCGGCGAACAAGUGCCUGUCCUCGUGGGCCGCUUCCGGCGAGCCGUGCAGCGGCUCGUUUGUUGGGGUUGCUUGCAACGAGCACCGGAAAGUGGCCAACAUCUCUCUGCAGGGGAAGGGGCUCGCCGGAAAGUUGACUCCGGCAGUGGCUGAGCUCAAGUGCCUAUCGAGCCUUUACUUGCAUUACAAUUCUCUUCAGGGAGAGAUUCCGGUGGAGAUUUCGAAUCUGACAGAGUUAACCGAUCUUUAUCUCAAUUUCAAUAACUUGACUGGGGCUAUACCACCUGAGAUUGGAAAAAUGGCUAGUCUUCAAGUGCUGCAGCUGAGUUACAACCAAUUGACAUGGAACAUGCCUACACAAAUGGGAUCCUUAAAAAACCUGAACUUUCUUGCAUUGGAAAGCAAUAGGCUAACAGGGCAAAUCCCUUCAGGCUUAGAAAAUUUGAGGUCCUUGAAAAGCUUGCACUUGGGCUCCAAUCAACUCUCAGGCCAAAUUCCUUACACACUGGCCAAUAACACCUCACUUGAACUCCUUGAUGUCAAAAACAACAAACUUUCUGGACUCAUCCCUCCUGGCCUGAAGAGAAGAAAUAUCGAUUUCCAGUUCAAAAACAACUCGGGCUUAUGUGGGCCGGGCUUCCCCAUGCUCAGAGCUUGCAACUCGCUCGACAGCAACCUCGACCUCAACCUGAACUCCUUCCCAUCCGGCCACACGGGUAAUCCCAAUCCUCAAUCGGCUGCCUUCGCCAUAGUCUGCAACGAGACCAUCUGUUCGGAGACCCCAUCAAAGCUUCCCAAGAUCGGGCUCGUCUCGGGCCUAAUCGCCACCUCGUUCAGGCUGGCGGUGGCCGCUGCCGUCGCUUUUUUCCGGCACCGCCACCAGAAACAGAAGGUCGGGGACAAAUCCGACACGUCCAAUGGGAACCAGCUCAGUAGCGUGGGCCCAACUUCACUCGAUCGCUGCCGGAGCGUGUGGGGCCCACACAGAAGAGACUCGUUCAACCUCGAGGAGGUCGAGUCGGCCACGCAGCACUUCUCGGAGGCGAACCUUUUAGGGAAGAGUAAAUUCUGUCGAGUCUAUAAGGGGGUUCUGAAGGAUGGGUUGAUUAUGGCUAUUAAGUGUAUUGGGAAGACGAGUUGCAAGUCGGAGGAGGAAGAGUUCUUGAGAGGGCUCAGCUUGCUGAAUUCGCUCGAGCACGAGAAUCUGGUGGAGCUCAAAGGGUUCUGUCGGUCCAAGGCUCGAGGGGAGUGCUUCUUGAUUUACAAUUUUGCCCCUGGAGGUAAUUUGUCGAGCUAUCUCGACCGGGAUGAGGUUGUUGUGCUUGAUUGGAAGACUAGGGUUUCUAUCAUCCAUGGCAUUGCUAAAGGUGUGCUGUAUCUACACAGCAACGAGACGAACAAGCCACCGAUCAUCCACCAAAACCUCUCGGUCGCGAAAGUCCUGCUCGACCGAAACCUGAGCCCGUUGAUUCUUGAUGCGGGCCUUCACGGGCUUCUUGCAGACGAUGUUGUCUACUCGGCUCUCAAAGUGAGUGCGGCAUUAGGCUACAUGGCCCCCGAGUACAUCACUACAGGCCGGUUCACGGAAAAGAGUGGCGUGUAUGCGUAUGGAGUCAUAAUUUUCCAGUUAUUGUGUGGCAAGACGAUGCUCCCGGGGCCCACACGGGCAGCGGCUGAGGCCAGGAAACUGGAGGAGUUUAUCGACCCAAAGCUCAAAGGUGAGUUUAUGGAAAUCGAGGCGCAACUGCUGACGAGGAUUGCCUUGGACUGCACGAAUGAGAAUCCAGAGAGUAUGCCGAGCAUGGUGUCGGUAGUGCAGGAGCUGAAAAGCGGUAUGAAGAGUGGCUAG